AUGGCAGAAGAAGAAGAAACUAGAAAGAAGCUUGUGAUAGCCAAACCUUUCGCGUUGGAAGAUGAUAAAGAUUCUGAGCACACAGCUUCGAAUGGCAUCCGUCGGAUUCUUAGCCUCUUCAAGAACGUGCGCCUUGGAUCUGAUCUCACUAAUUUUCAGCUGCCACCUCAGCUGAACCAACCAAGAUCACAACUUCAAUGUUAUGGCGAGAUGAUCUACAGUUUCUGCGGUCAAGAUCUCAUGGGAGAAUGCAGCCGCCGCGAUCUUCCCAUCGAACGGCUCAAAUCGGUGGUGAUGUGGAACAUCUCCACACUCCGUCCGAUAGUCUUUGGCAUGUCACCGUACAACCCCAUUCUUGGAGAGACUCACCAUGUCUCCCACGGUCACAUCAACGUCCUCACCGAACAAGUAUCGCAUCAUCCUCCAGUGUCGGCACUUCAUGCGACUCACGAGAAUGAAAAUAUUGACGUGACAUGGUGUCAAUAUUUCACUCCUAAGUUCCGUGGUGCUUAUGUGGACGUUGAGGUAAAGGGCAAAAGGAUUAUGAAGCUUCUGAAUCGGAGAGAGACUUAUGAGAUGGACCAACCAAGACUUGUUGUGAGAUUCUUACCUGCUCCAGGAGCUCACUGGACCGGGAAAAUCAAGAUAAAGUGUUCAGAGACCGACCUUGAAGCUGAACUACACUUGAACUCUGAUUCAUUCAUCGAAAGAUUCAAAGGCAAUAAUAACAGAUCAAUCAAAGGAAAGAUCUCUCAGACUUCCUCUGGAGAUAAGCUCUAUGACAUCUUUGGCCAUUGGGACAGAACGGUAAUGGCCAAAAAUCUUAAGACCGGUGAGGUCGAGGUUAUAUACAAUGCUAAGGAGAAUAUCUCAGGACUCAAACCUCCAACUGUCAAGAAUCUGAAAGAGGUAAUGCAGAGCGAGUCUGUGAUGGUGUGGAGUGAAGUAAGUGAAAAGAUACUAAAGAAAGACUGGGAAAGAGCAAGAGAAGCUAAGAAAGUUGUAGAGGAUAAACAGAGAGAGUCUCUGAAGCAAAGAGAGGCUUCUGGUGAGUCAUGGGUUCCCAAGCAUUUCUCAGUGGUUAGAAACGGUAAAGACUGGGACUGCUCACCACUACAGCCAACGGUUCCUCCAGCUCCACUCGUCAUCACAGAGGCACAAGGAGAAAUCAUGAACUGA